AUGAGCCUUUACGCCGCUGAGAUCCUCUCGAUCUGUGGUGUGCUGUUCUACGUCAUCUAUCAGUGCUUCUUCUCGCCAUUAGCGAAAUAUCCGGGGCCCUUUUGGGCUAAACUGACCAAGCUAUAUCGUGCCUAUUUGUCGCUUCGAGGACAUGCGCACCGGGACUUUAUUGCAUUACACAAGAAAUAUGGCAACGUUGUCAGAGUUGCCCCAAAUGAACUGUACUUUACCCUUACCUAUUUAAGACGAAGCGUGACAUGCUUUAUGCUGAACUCAUAUCCAGGAGCAUCGCAGAUCCAGAAGCCUUUCGAGAAAUAUACAGCGGGGAAUAAAUUCCACAAAGCCGCAGCCUACAAUGUUGUACAAGGCACGCGCUCAUUUGAUCUUGUUGGCCAGCGCAAUGAGAAAAUCCACUCUGAACAGCGGAAGCUCGUGGCUCGAGCUUAUUCCAUGGACUCCAUGGUUCAUCUCGAACCCAAAGUGGAUCUCGUGAUCUCGCAAAUGGUCGAGCAGCUCGACAAGAUCAGUGGCCACACUUUCGAUCUAGGAAUAUGGCUGCAGCUUUACGCCUUUGAUAUCAUCGGUGCCAUUAGCUUCUCAAAACCAUUCGGAUACCUCGAAGCCGCAGACGAUCAUGGCCUAUUCCUACGAAUCCAAAAGUCUAUGUCAUCUAUUGCAUGGCUAAUGCAUGCCGGGUGGAUCUUCCGACUGAAUCAAAAAAUAACUCCCAUCUUUGGAAACUGGCUCGCCGCAGCAGACCGCAAUGGUCAUUUCUUCCAACUUGCAGCGCAAGAAAUCAGUGCCCGGAAGAAACGCGGUGGUGACAGCAAGGAUAUACUGGGCCAGCUCUUCAAGACUCAAAAGGCGAAACCACAGCUGACAGACCAGGACAUUGCAUUCAUGAUGACAUCGAACGUCUUUGGGGGAUCAGAUACAACGGCAACCUCACUCUGUGCGGCGUUUCUUAUGCUACUGAAGAACCCGGAUGCUUAUAACCGUCUGAUGGAUGAGUUUAAGGAGAAGAAAGCACAAGGGAACCUCAAUGAUCCAAUUACCUUUGAAGAAGCUGAGGCUUGCGAGUAUCUCCAGGCUGUGAUGUAUGAGUCGAUGCGCCUUCACCCACCCUUUGGGAUGAUCAUGGACCGAGAUGUGCCAGCUGGGGGAAUGCAUAUUGGCAAGGACUUUAUUCCAGAGGGAGUGAGUAACAUCCAAAGCUUGAUUCAUUUUUCCAGAUCUGAUGUUGUUAGACGGUCGUUGGAACUAUACCAUGGGUCAUCCAUACGCUGCCUGAGAUAUGGGGCCCGGACGCUGAAGAAUUUCGGCCAGAGAGAUGGCUAG